AUGGCCAUUGAGGGGCCACCUUUCACUCGAUAUGAUCCUUGUGGAUUGGGAGUAAUACAUUUUGAUAGGCUAACGGAAAGAGUGUGGAGGGGUGUGAUGUACCUGGGACUUUAUAGUAACUUGUUACAAGUGGAUGUUGGAAUACACUUCGAGAAGCAAGUCAGAAUUUAUGAGGUAUCGCAGAAUACGUCACUCUUCGUCAAUAGCAAUUUACGGGAAUACCGUAUAAGACCUAAAGGACAUAUACCCACACAUUAUGUAUUUUACUUGGCAGUAGUAGACUGUGUAGAGAAUCAUAGUGACGUUCCAUCCAUUAUCGAAUUCAGUAUUAACAACAUCACUCUUUGCAAUGAAGAAAUUAAGGCAGCACAGACUGUGGAGUCCCUGAAUCUAACGAAAAACACUGACACGUUUCAUACUCAUGUAUGCGGUCGAAGAUCUCUGAGUAACGCUGAGCUGGUUUCCUUACGGUCCAAUGCAAAGACUGGAGACUGGCCGUGGCAUGUAGCCAUUUUCAUCAAAGAUUUGGACUCCAACGAAACUUCGUAUUACUGCGGCGGCAAUAUUAUCUCGAAGACCGCGAUUGUUACAGCUGCACACUGCAUAUUCAAAGAUGGCGAGAGAGUAGAACCACACAGAAUCACUGUAAUUGCUGGGACGAGCAAUCAUAAAGCAUUAUUUCAACCAGGAAUACAAACUCUGGAGGCUUUAGAUGUAAUUUUACAUCCGAGCUAUUACGUCGGCACCGCCACAGCUGACCUGGCCAUCAUCAAAGUCAACAAGUUCAGAUACACCGCAUACGUGCAGCCAAUCUGCAUUUGGGGCCCGGUCUAUCAGAAGUCAGACUUGGUCGGACGCAUAGCUACGGUAGUUGGUUUUGGUCACGACGAAGACGACAAUCCUUCAGACGCCUUGCGAGCUGCUUUCAUCAUGAUACAGAACGACACCGUUUGCCUGGACUAUUCGCCUGCCGUGUACACCAAGUUGAUGAAUGAAUUUACCCUGUGUGCCGGCUUUGGACCCACCUCAGGCACAAAUCCGAGAAACGGCGAUAGCGGAGGCGGUCUAGUCCUUCCCGUUAUGCAGAACGACCACAAGAUCAGCUGGUUUCUGCGAGGCGUUCUCUCUAAGUGUGGCGUCUUCCCAGGGCGCACGGAAUCCGAUCCACGUUUCUAUGUGGCAUACACCGACGUGGCACCACACUGCGGGUAG